ACAUAGACAAGGUGCAGUGCAGCACCUGGAAAUCCGUUAGAAAAAAGUGUAGGAUCUAGGGUUUAAAAAAAGGUCGGUUGGGUGAGAGAAGUGCAUAGUCAACUUCUAUAAUAUAAGCUUCAGAGGUUCUUUGCAUUUUCACUCAGUUACCAUUCAAUUAGAGUCUGUGUCAAAGAAGAAAGGUAAAGCAGAAAAAACUCUCCGCACAAUCCUCAUGAAUGCCAAAACGGUUAGGGGAAAUUGGAGAUGGAGGAAGAACAAGCAUGACUUGCUUUCCGUCUUCAUCUUAUGCAUCUUCUUCUUUCUCGCUGGAUUAUUUGCUUCCGGUCUCUUUUCUCACUCUCAGGAACGUGAAUAUGACCUGAGGAUGAUGUCUAGAACGAGAGCGCGGUUACUUGAAAAAUCGACGGAGUACCGUUUGUUACAAGCCGGAGACUCCGGUGAUGAUUCCAUUACAUCGAUUCCGUUUCAGGUUUUGAGCUGGUAUCCUCGCGCUAUGUAUUUUCCUAAUUUUGCGAGUGCAGAACAAUGUGAAAGCAUAAUUGAAAUAGCAAAGGGAAGACUCACGCCAUCAUCAGUGGCUUUACGCAAGGGAGAAACAGAGGAGAAUACAAAGGGAAUCCGAACAAGCUCUGGUGUGUUUAUAAGUUCUUAUGAGGAUAAAACGGGGGUUUUAUAUGCCAUUGAGGAGAAAAUUGCCAAAGCAACAAAAAUUCCCAGGACUCAUGGAGAGGCAUUUAAUAUCCUACGCUAUAAGGUUGGACAGAAAUACAGCGGUCAUCAUGAUGCACUUGAUUUUUCUCAAUAUGGCACACAAAAGAGCCAAAGGGUGGCUUCUUUUUUGCUGUAUUUAACUGACGUUCCAGAAGGUGGGGAGACCGCAUUUCCGUUUGAGAAUGGAUUCAACAUGGACGGUAGUUAUAAUUUCGAGGACUGUAUUGGUUUAAGAGUAAGGCCACGCAAGGGGGAUGGGCUUCUAUUUUACUCAUUAUUCCCCAAUGGUACAAUUGAUCCGACAUCACUCCACGCAAGCUGCCCCGUCAUAAAAGGAGAGAAGUGGGUGGCAACAAAGUGGAUAAGGGAUCAAAUAGAUGACAAUUAGAUGAUUGAUUUUCAAACUCUUACACCGAUAGUAAUAUUUAUGUCCCUUUGAUAGUCAUCAAUAUUUUAAUGCUAAGAAUAAUCUGGGAUAAAUUUGACGAGAUACAUAAAUAAAGAAGGUGCAGAUUAAGAUACCA